UGUGAUGCAUCGUGUUUGUUAUUAUCUCUUUAGCAAGUGAAAGAAGAGCAUCAAGAAUACCAAAGAUGGCCCCUGUCCAUUUAGACAUUUCCUUCACCAAUAGCUUCGCCAGAGGAGUACUUGGGUACAGAGAUAAACUAUUCACUCACUCAAACCAAAAAGCUCCAGCUAAGGGAAGAAUUCACAAUCAAGGUGUGUGGGCUAGUCUGCGCUCUAGCAGCAGAUUCAUCCAGCAUCCCGCUGCUGCCGACAUGGGCACGCAGUUGGCUGGCAAGGGUCUGGCGCCCCCUACAGGCAUUGAGAACCUCCAGGCCCAACUCCUCAAGCAUCAAGCUGCUCUCUACAUCUUUGGCGAAAAGUCUCAUCUCAGGGGCUUAAGACUGGACUCAGCACUGAACUGUGAACUGGUGCCGGUAGAGUUUGCAGACACAAAACAGGUGAAGGGGUCCUUCAAGAAGCUUCUAAGAGCGUGUGCACCCAGUUCCAUGUCCUCAGACACAGAGGACUCGUUCCUUAAGGUUCUGGAGGAGAGCGAAUGGAUGCUACAGCUACACAAACUGCUGCAGCUGGCUCUGGUUGUGGUGGAAUUGCUGGACAGUGGAUCAUCUGUACUAGUUAGUCUUGAGGAUGGCUGGGACAUUACCACUCAGGUGGUUUCCCUUGUGCAGGUGCUCAGUGAUCCAUUCUACAGGACCUUAGAGGGCUUUCAGGUGCUUUUGGAGAAAGAGUGGCUGUCUUUUGGCCACAAAUUCAGCCAACGUGGCAACCUGACCCCCAGCAGCCAGGGCAGUGGCUUCACUCCCAUCUUCCUCCAGUUUCUUGACUGUGUCCAUCAGGUUCAUUACCAGUACCCCCUUGAGUUUGAGUUUAAUCAAUACUAUCUGAAGUUUCUGGCAUACCACUACAUCUCCAAUCGCUUCAAAAACUUCCUUCUGGAUUCGGACUAUGAGCGCCUGGAGCAUGGCACAUUGUUUGAGGACAAAGGAGAAAAGCAGUCCAAGAGAGGAAUCUGUAUCUGGGAGUGUAUCAACCGAAUGCACCACAAGAGCCCUCUCUUCUUCAACUACCUGUACAGUCCCUCAGAGACGGAGGUGGUGUUGAAACCGCUGAUUUCGAUCCCCAAUCUGGCGACAUGGGAGUUCUACACUGGAGAGGCGCUGUCCACAGGCCCCUCUUAUGACUGGUGUAUGCUCGCGAUGCGCUCACAGAGCACAGAAGAGUCAGACACCAUUGCCACCACCAAGAGGAGGAUCGUCUGGCCAUGUUACAGCAGUGUCAGCCGUGCCCAACCUGAUGCCAUCACCAAACUCUUGGCUGACAUUGAGAGGCUGGAGGGAGAACUGGGACAGCAGUCUGAGCCCUGGCACACCACGCUGGAGAAGGUGCGAGACAGCAUCCAAGAAGACCUCAAACAGGAGGGCAAUCUGCGGAAACAGUCAGUGUCCAUCUCUGGUUUGGUCCCCACCUCCAACCUGCAGGCCUAUCAGCGACACUCCAUGUUGCACCUACCUGACAGCGACCUCGGAGAAGACAGCAGCCCCACUGCAGUCAACGGGGUUAAUCGCAGGGCAGCCACGCUCUACAAUCAGUUUACCCCAAAGAAUGAAGACAAUAGAUCAUUUGAGGGAAUCCUGUACAAGCGAGGGGCAUUACUUAAAGCUUGGAAAGCUAGGUGGUUUGUUCUUGACGUAACAAAACAUCAGCUGAGGUAUUAUGAGACGGAUGAGGAUACAAGCUGUCGUGGCUAUAUUGACCUGGCUGAAGUGGAAUCUGUCCUGAUUGCCACACCAACUAUAGGAGCCCCCAAACACAUCAGUGAAAAGGCUUUCUUUGAUCUGAAGACCACUAAACGAGUGUACAACUUCUGUGCAGCAGAUGCUCAGAGUGCCCAGCUAUGGAUUGAUAAGAUCCAGAGCUGCAUCUCAGAUGCAUGAAGCCUUUUUCUUCAGCACCACCUCUCACUGCAGGGAGACUCACUGUGCAAUUAGUAGGACCAUAGUAAAGCCUUCAGUGCCUGUUGAAAAUCCAAAAGACUCCUGAGAAACUGCACCUGAGCAGUGACGUACAAAAGCACUGCCCCGUUCACUAGUCUGUGGAGCUGCAUUUCCUGCGUCCCACUACCUGCGCUCAAAAACUUGAUCCUGAGCUUCUGUUUCAGGUGAUUGGUGAAAUGAUGCAAUGCACUACUCUGAUAUUUGCUGAACAAACUGCUACAUGCAACUAAGACAAAGCAAUAGCACUAAUCUUAAACUCGGGGUCAAAAUAGUAGUGACAAGAGGUGUGUUCUGCAAAACGAAAAUACUGUUGCUGCUGUUAAAAUGCAAAACAAGCACCAAAAUCUGACAAAUGUUUAGAAAGAUGCACAAUGUGUAAAAGGCAAAUAAUUUGCACUUAUUGAUAUGCACUCCGUACAAAACUGAUUUUUAAUGACUAGAACAACUAGGCUAAAGGCAUUAUGUUUUAACAACACAUAAAAGCUUGGAGCAGACAACUUUAUGCUCUAGUGUGCAAAGUAUUUUUUAUAUAUAUUUGCAAAAACUUUUUUUUCAGUAUGAAUGUUAUACUCAUGCGUAACAGAGUUGUUGUUCUGUAAAUUAUUUUUUAAGCAUUAAAAGUGUCACCUGUGUGUUUUUGUUGAAUGGAGAGUCUUAUGUACAUAUAUUACAAUUUCAGCUUUUUAUAUUCUGCUGAAUAUGCUGUUAAAUGUUUUUCUAACCUUUUAGUCUAACUUGAAAUAAACACUCAUAUUUAUACUUAAUUACAGACAAUUUACGGACCAAGCAAAGCACUUCCUGCCUGAGAUGGUUAUCAGUAAGCCGUUUUGUUUGAAAUGAAGGGAAGAACACUAUAUUUCUCCAUUCUCUGUGAGGUUAUAUGUGAUUUUGAUGGCUUUUUGAGGCACUAAGGUUUUAUCCAUUUGUUUUGGUAGCAUAUCUGCAAAGUUUUAAGAAACACGAAAAAAUAUGAGGCAAGAUGUCUGUUACUGAACCUAAAAUUAUGUUACUGUAUGUACAAUACUUUGUGGUGCCACUAAUGUUUCUGGUUUGUUUACUGUU